UCGCGGGUGUGGCGGCGUCCGCGCUGCGCUUGCCUGUGGCUGAGUCCCAGGGGUGCCUGCGGCGGAAGGGUGUCGCGGGGUGCCUGCGGCGUUCUUUUUUCUGUCCCAGAAGCAAAGCAGCAGCGCUCGCCCCUUCUUCUCCGCCGCCGGUCGCAAGAUGGAGAACCACCGCAACUUCAGGGACUUCUUAUCCCAAGGUUGCUCUUCAUCGACGUCCAGGGGCCGCACUGGUCAUGAAGCUCCCGAGGACGACGACUUUGGCACCUUCUCGCAGUCGCCGUUUGCUCUGCCACCACGCAUCAAUGUCCCAGCACCUCGCAGCCGCAUUGAAGCUCUUGAUCUGAACUCCCAGUCCCAGGGUACCGAUUUUCCAUAUCUCUCAUCCUACCAAGAUGUUCUCCAGUCAGGUGAUGGUGGAUCCGACCUAGGUUUGCCUCCUCUUGGUCGUGGUAGAUCAGCGCGCACACUAUUUCAAUCCACCAGAACCAUUUCAGCUCCUAUUUCUCAUGCCCGAGGUCCAAUUCGAGGUUGCCGUGGAGUUAGGGGGAGAGGCACUAGUAGUCGUGGUGGAGGUCGAUCUGCUAUUUCUGCACCUAUUGACCCUGUCCUCAUUGAAGAUUUUGGAGAUGAACCAACCAAUGAAAUGGAUUCUCGAGCUUCUGUGCCUCGUUUUGACAAGGCCAAUUGGAAUGAAGAGAACACACAAAUAUUCUGUGAUUUAUGUGUUGACCAAAUUAGAGCUGGGAACUGUCUAAAUGGUACAAUGACAACCAGAGGAUACAACCUGAUAAAGGAAGAAUUCUUUUCUAAGACAGGACUCAGACACGACACCAAACAAUUUAAGAAUAGAUGGACUCAGUGUAAGGCCUUGUACUCUUUUUGGUUGUUUCUUAACAAUCAAAGUGGGUUAGGAAGAAGGGCUGAUGGUGUAGUUAUAGCUUCAGAUUCAUUCUGGAAGACUCACACAGAGAAAAGAAAAGAGUGCAGGAAGUUUCAACAUGCGAUUCCUACAUACAUGGAACAAUUAGCAGAAAUGUUCCAUGGAAUUGUUGUUGAUGGGUCUAGUUCUUGUAUCCCUGGUGAUGUACACAGACCAUCACAAGAAGUAUAUGAAGAACAAGAAGAAAAUGGAGAUGGGGAAGACCUUUUGAAUUCUAGUACCCCUAGUAGCAGAGGAAAGAGGAGCUUUACCAGUACAGCACGUAGUCCACCUAAAAAAAGCAAAAGUCCUAUGGUAAAGAUGUUUAAAGGACUAAUCAAUGAAAUGCAGCUAUCAAGGAAUGCAGACACUGAUGUUUUUAACCAACUAAAAACUAUCCAAGAAAACAAAAGUUUAGAAGCCAUUGAUCAGUUCAAUUCUUGUCUAGACUUGGCAGUAGAAUCUGGAGCUGACAAGGAGUCAGAUGAGUACUUUGUGGCAACCAAACUAUUCAAGGAUGAGUACAAUAGAGCUAUUUUCAAUCGCUUUGAUACUGCAACACAAAGGAUGAAGUGGCUACAAAGGUUUUGCAAGGAAUAUUUUGGUUGA